AUGCGUACACGGACCGGAAAGGGAGUGCCUUUGAUUUCUCUGUAUAUCUCUCUCUUUCUCUCCCUCUUUCUCACAAUCUAUCUAUCUAUCUAUCUAUCUAUCUAUCUAUCUAUCUACAUAUAUAUUGUUCUGACCAAAUCUAUCUUACUAUAUAAGUUAAUUUCUAUGUAUCUCUCUCUCUUUCCCUCUCUCCUCUCUCUCUCUCUCUCUCUCUCUCUCUCUCUAUCUGAUUUUAGUAGUAAAAGACGUCUUAUUUACGAAUCCUUGCUUAGUAUGGCAGAUGGUCAUAGAAGUGGGGCAUUCAAUAAUCGAUUGCAGAACACAGGGUAUAACCAUAUCUAUCUAUCUAUCUAUCUAUCUAUCUAUCUAUCUAUCUAUCUAUCAGUCAAUCAAAAUCUCUAUCUAAGCUUGUUCAUAUCUAUCUAUCUAUCUAUCUAUCUAUCUAUCUAUCUAUCUCAUUCCAUUCAUAUCUAUCUAUCUAUCUAUCUAUCUAUCUAUCUAUCACAGUCUGUUCAUAUCUAUCUAUCUAUCUAUCUAUCUAUCUAUCUAUCUAUCUAUCAAAAUCUAUAUCUAAGCUUGUUCAUCUAUCUAUCUAUCUAUCUAUCUAUCUAUCUAUCUAUCAGUGUGUGUGUGUUUGUAUGUGUCAGUCUCUCUGAAUUUAUUCAUAUCUAUCUAUCUAUCUAUCUAUCUAUCUAUCUAUCUAUCACACAAUCUAUGUCUGAUCCUUUUAACUUGUUUCUAUCUAUCUAUCUAUCUAUCUAUCUAUCUAUCUAUCUAUCUAUCUAUCUAUUAAUGUACAUUUCAAUUAACCUUUACCGCCACCCAAAUCGUUAUAAUACCCUUGCUUAUCUUCCCUUCCACCUUCUUCUUCUUUCUUUUUUUCUUCUUUCUUUCUUCUUCUUUCUUCUUUUUCUUCUUUCUUUCUUCUUUCUUUCUUCUUUUUCUUCUUUUUUUUCUUCUUUCUUUCUUCUUCUUUCUUCUUCUUUCUUCUUUUUUUUCUUCUUUCUUUCUUCUUCUUUUUCUUCUUUCUUUCUUCUUUCUUUCUUCUUCUUUCUUCUUUUUCUUCUUUCUUUCUUCUUCUUUUUCUUCUUUCUUUCUUCUUUCUUUCUUCUUUCUUUCUUCUUUUUCUCCUUCUUUCUUCUUUUUCUUCUUUCUUUCUUCUUUCUUCUUUUUUCUUCUUUCUUUCUUCUUCUUCUUUCUUCUUUUUCUUCUUUCUUUCUUCUUUCUUUCUUCUUCUUUCUUCUUUUUCUUCUUUCUUUCUUCUUCUUCUUCUUUUUCUUCUUCUGGCUUAUUUUCUUCUUUUUCUUCUUUCUUGCUUCUUCUUUUUCUUCUUUCUUCUUCUUCUUUCUUCUUCCUCUUUCUUCUUUCUUCUUUUUCUUCUUUCUUUCUUCUUCUUUCUUUCUUCUUCUUUUUUCUUUUUCUUCUUCUUUCUUCUUUUUCUUCUUCUUCUUCUUUCUUCCUCUUCUUCCUCUUUCUUCUUCUUCUUUCUUUUUCUUUUUCACAUCCUCCUCUUCUCUUUCUAAUACACCCAACGACUGCCAGAAUACCACGAUUAUCUCCGACCAAUCUGGCCCCGAUAGCCUCGCGGAAUUAAAUCUUUCUUGUUUUUCCUUCAUUGUCUCAAUUUCUUACCUUCCCCUCUCAUUUAUUAUUAUUAUUAUUAUUAUUAUUAUUAUUCCGUCUCUCUUUGCUUCCUUUUCCCCAAACACUCCUCACUCUCAUGAUUCUCUUAUUCAUUUUUUAACUCCAUCCUCCGCCCCCUCCUUUCCUCUUCCUCCUCCUUCUUCUUCUUCUUCGUUUUUCUCAAUCGUUUUUUUGUUGUUCUUUCUUUUCUUUUCUCAAAAUUUCCUCGUAAAUUACUCAUUCGUUCUUCUCUUUCUUUCUUGUUUUUCUUCUUUGCUCAAAGUCUUAACCCUAAUCAUCACUAUUCUUUCAUUUCUUUCUUCUUCAUCAUCGCCCCUUUUCUUCUUCUUCUUCUUCUUCUUCUUCCGUCUCUCUCAUUUGUUUUCUUUUCCCCCAAAUCUUCUCACUCUUAUGCUACUCUUAUUCAUUUUUUAUUUCUUCCGCCCCUCCUCGCCUUCUUCUCCUUCUUCUUCUUCUUAA